AUGAAUAACGGCCCAGGUGCGAUGGCGACUUCCCAGGCGUCACUGUCACACUUGAGCGGGGACAUGCGCGGGGAGUUCCGCAAGGCUGGAGCCUCUGACGUGGUGUUGCACAGGAGGAAUGGUGGCAGUAAUAGAAAUGAGCAGGGCGUGAAUGAUCAUGAGAUUGUGGGGAUGGCCGCAUUUGCACAGAAUAGCUCGGCUGGUGGUGGUGAUUACAGUGGUGGUGAUUACAGUGGUGGUGAGUACAGUGGUAGUGAUUAUGGUGGUGGUGACUAUAAUGGAGGCAGCCAUGGUGGCGAUAAUAAUGGAGGCAACAACGAUGAUGACUAUAAUGGUGGUGUAACGGUGACUGGUGAAAACGGUGGUGACUAUCCUGGUGGUGACUUUAGUGAUUUUGUCGCUGUUGACAGCGUUGUUGUCAAUGGGGAGGGCUGCCGCUGUGUUGGUGGUGAUGGUGGAAACGGCGACAGUGGAAACGGCGGUAGCGGCGGAAGCAUCGACAUCACCGGGAUUCUCGAGGAGCACAACAAGGCACGAAAGGAAGUGGGUGUGCCCGACCUGGCGUGGGAUGAGAAAAUAGCAGCAUCAGCACAGGCAUGGGCAGCCUUCCUGGCAUCCCUCGGUUGCCCUCUGGAGAACAAUGGAGAAGAGGGGUUCGGGAAGAACCUCUAUUGGCUGUCGUCCGCAGAGCUAACCCCAAGGGAGGAUCGUAGGGCGGUGCAGUCAUGGGUGGAAGAGAAGGCGGACUGGACCCCCAGCCCGGUUCCUGAUGGGUGUGCGGAAGGCAAGAUGUGUGGGCACUACACGCAGGUGGUAUGGCGCGAGACCACUCGUGUCGGCUGCUCCUCUGCUCAGUGCCCUGAUGGCUCGGGCAUUUGGGUGUGCGACUACUUGCCCCCGGGCAACUUCGCUGUAGGCGACGGGUCAGGCGCAAGGAGACGAGCCGCGGAGUACGAAAAAGAGGCCUAUCAGAACCUCCCCGCCUCUGGCGGCGGAAAAGGCGGGAACGGGGAAGGCGGAUCUGUGCGGGGAGGCGCGGAGAAGCAAGCGGGGAGCGCAAGGGGGGGAGUGGCAGAGGCGGGGGGCCGCGCGGAGGUGCGGUGGCGCGCGGAGAGGCUGCGUGUGCAGUGGUCGGGUCCGCCCAUGGGGGAGGAGGUGCAGCAGCGCGUGGCAGCGGCGACGGCGGUGGUGGCGGAUGAGCGGAAGAGGCUCAACGCGCAGCCGUUCCAGCUGCACAUUCUGGUGAGUGGUGGAGCUCGGUGUAGCGUUGUGGUGAGAGCGGAGUGCGACAGCAAGGGGCUGAAGGCGCUGCUGCAGUCACUGCAGGACGUGAAGUAUGGAGAGGACGAGGCGCAGCUCACAGUGGCGACAACCUGCAGUGCUGCUGCCCGGAGUGCCCAGGUGAGAGCGGAGUGCGACAGCAAGGGGCUGAAGGCGCUGCUACAGUCACUGCAGGACGUGAAGUAUGGAGAGGACGAGGUGCAGCUCACUCACAGUGGCCACCGCCUGCAGUGCUGCUGCCACGAGUGCUCAGGCUUUGCCAGAUUCCCUCCAAUGCUUCAAAGAUGCUCUCACCCAUCCCUCCUCCCUCACUUUCCCCCCUCCCAUUCCUCCCCCACCCAGGAGUUCCCCUGGUUCCACGGGCCGAGGCGCGUAAUCGAGCUAUCAGGCAACAGUGCCAAGCCCACCGACCCGCUGCCCCUCUGCUUAAAGCCCUCGCUCUCGCGCCCGCUGUUGCUGGUAGCCCUCACGCACACACUGAAACCUUCCCGUCCCCGUCUUCCCAUCCGCCUCCCACCCACAGGAGUUCCCCUGGUUCCACGGGCCAAGGCGCCGCCCCCUGCCGGGAAGGUGAGACGGUUAGGAGCAGUAGGAGGGGUAGGAGGAGCGGGAGGGGUGGGAGGGGCGGGGGAAGGGCGGGGGGAGCGGGGGCACGCGGGGGGAGCACGGGGAGAAGCGGGAAUGGGGGUGCUGUCAUUAGCAAUGGCUCACUCAUGCCAGGUGGUGUUUCCUCAGCCGUGGCGGCAGUUCUGGGCGUGGCAUGUGCUGUCGCAGGCCCAGCAGGUCAACUCCGCCCAUCUCAAGUUCGACUGGGAUGCCUAUGACUUCAGCGCGCCCUGCAGGGAAGGUGAGAUGGAGAGAGGGAGGGAGGUGUCUGGUUGGGCAGUUCUGGGCGUGGCACGCGCUGUCGCAGGCCCAGCAGGUCAACAGCGCUCACCUCAAGUUCGACUGGGAGGCAAGGCAGGGAAGGUGAGACGGUGGGAGGGGUCCAAAUCGGCGAGCAAGCUUCCUGACAUACACUGGCGAGUGAGCUUCCUAACAUACGUGGAGGAAAACGACCUUUACAACCUUAUGCUACGCACACUCGAUCCUCAAGAGGACCUGAACAGCCCCACACGUCUCUGCUACUCCAUCAACUCCCAACCCCCUCUCGCCUACCCAACCCCUCCCCGUCCCUCCACCCAUUCCUCGGAGGUGCCGCGGGGGGAGGUGGCGUGGAGUGUGGGCGAGCUGAGAGGGCUGCUGCAGCGCAUUGCCCGGCACUCUGCUGUGGCUGGCGUCAUGGUGUCACCUGGAUACGAUGAUAUGCUCAACAACUGGGUCUGCUACGUCAAGUGCGGGCGAGGCGAAUGCGGAUGGGUGAGUGUGGGGGAGGGAUGGGUGAGUGUGGGGGAGGGAUGGGUGAGUGUGGGGGAGGGAUGGGUGAGUGUGGGGGAGGGAUGGGUGAGUGUGGGGGAGGGAUGGGUGAGUGUGGGGGAGGGAUGGGUGAGUGUGUGGGAGGGAUGGGUGGGUGUGGGGGAGGGAUGGGUGAGUGUGGGGGAGGGAUGGGUGAGUGUGGGGGAGGGAUGGGUGAGUAUGGGGGAGGGAUGGGUGAGUGUGGGGGAGGGAUGGGUGAGUGUGGGGGAGGGAUGGGUGAGUGUGGGGGAGGGAUGGAUGAGUGUGGGGGAGGGAGGGGUGAGUGUGGGGGAGGGAUGGGUGAGUGUGGGGGAGGGAUGGGUGAGUGUGGGGGAGGGAUGGGUGAGUGUGGGGGAGGGAUGGGUGAGUGUGGGGGAGGGAUGGGUGAGUGUGGGGGAGGGAUGGAUGAGUGUGGGGGAGGGAUGGAUGAGUGUGGGGGAGGGAUGGAUGAGUGUGGGGGAGGGAUGGAUGAGUGUGGGGGAGGGAUGGAUGAGUGUGGGGGAGGGAUGGGUGAGUGUGGGGGAGGGAUGGGUGAGUGUGGGGGAGGGAUGGGUGAGUGUGGGGGAGGGAUGGGUGAGUGUGGGGGAGGGAUGGGUGAGUGUGGGGGAGGGAUGGGUGAGUGUGGGGGAGGGAUGGUGUGGGGAGGGAUGGAUGAGUGUGGGGGAGGGAUGGAUGAGUGUGGGGGAGGGAUGGAUGAGUGUGGGGGAGGGAUGGGUGAGUGUGGGGGAGGGAUGGGUGAGUGUGGGGGAGGGAUGGGUGAGUGUGGGGGAGGGAUGGGAUGAGUGUGGGGGAGGGAUGGAUGAGUGUGGGGGAGGGAUGGAUGAGUGUGGGGGAGGGAUGGAUGAGUGUGGGGGAGGGAUGGAUGAGUGUGGGGGAGGGAUGGAUGAGUGUGGGGGAGGGAUGGAUGAGUGUGGGGGAGGGAUGGAUGAGUGUGGGGGAGGGAUGGAUGAGGGAUGGAUGAGUGUGGGGGAGGGAUGGAUGAGUGUGGGGGAGGGAUGGAUGAGUGUGGGGGAGGGAUGGAUGAGUGUGGGGGAGGGAUGGGUGAGUGUGGGGGAGGGAUGGAUGAGUGUGGGGGAGGGAUGGAUGAGUGUGGGGGAGGGAUGGAUGAGUGUGGGGGAGGGAUGGAUGAGUGUGGGGGAGGGAUGGGUGAGUGUGGGGGAGGGAUGGGUGAGUGUGGGGGAGGGAUGGGUGAGUGUGGGGGAGGGAUGGGUGAGUGUGGGGGAGGGAUGGGUGAGUGUGGGGGAGGGAUGGGUGAGUGUGGGGGAGGGAUGGGUGAGUGUGGGGGAGGGAUGGGUGAGUGUGGGGGAGGGAUGGGUGAGUGUGGGGGAGGGAUGGGUGAGUGUGGGGGAGGGAUGGGUGAGUGUGGGGGAGGGAUGGGUGAGUGUGGGGGAGGGAUGUGUGAGUGUGGGGGAGGGAUGGGUGAGUGUGGGGGAGGGAUGGGUGAGUGUGGGGGAGGGAUGGGUGAGUGUGGGGGAGGGAUGGGUGAGUGUGGGGGAGGGAUGGGUGAGUGUGGGGGAGGGAUGGAUGAGUGUGGGGAGGGAUGAGUGUGGGGGAGGGAUGGAUGAGUGUGGGGGAGGGAUGGAUGAGUGUGGGGGAGGGAUGGAUGAGUGUGGGGGAGGGAUGGAUGAGUGUGGGGGAGGGAUGGAUGAGUGUGGGGGAGGGAUGGGUGAGUGUAGGGGAGGGAUGGAUGAGUGUGGGGGAGGGAUGGAUGAGUGUGGGGGAGGGAUGGAUGAGUGUGGGGGAGGGAUGGGGAUGGAUGAGUGUGGGGGAGGGAUGGGUGAGUGUGGGGGAGGGAUGGGUGAGUGUGGGGGAGGGAUGGGUGAGUGUGGGGGAGGGAUGGAUGAGUGUGGGGGAGGGAUGGAUGAGUGUGGGGGAGGGAUGGAUGAGUGUGGGGGAGGGAUGGAUGAGUGUGGGGGAGGGAUGGAUGAGUGUGGGGGAGGGAUGGAUGAGUGUGGGGGAGGGAUGGGUGAGUGUGGGGGAGGGAUGGAUGAGUGUGGGGGAGGGAUGGAUGAGUGUGGGGGAGGGAUGGGUGAGUGUGGGGGAGGGAUGGAUGAGUGUGGGGGAGGGAUGGAUGAGUGUGGGGGAGGGAUGGAUGAGUGUGGGGGAGGGAUGGGUGACCAGGGAUGGCGAACACCCUUUUUUGGGGAAGUUCGGUUCGCCGAGCGGCCAUGUUCGUGCAAGGGCGGCCAUGUUCGUGCAAGGACCCAGCAACACACGCACUCUCUCUCAUUAUCAGCACUUUCCCCCCUCUCGUCCCGAUUCUCCCACCCCCCACAGGAGCUUCAAAUCCGAAACUUCUUUAUAAUCACGCAGGACCCGGCACACGCGUUCUCCUUGAAGCGGAGGGGCUUUGCAGUGUACUGUGCUGGGUGCAGCAAGCCAGGGGCAGGCGAGGGUGUGGCCCAGCUAGAAGAGAAAGGGAACCCAUGCGGAGGGUUCUUGCUCCUGGUUCACACCCGAAAGCUUAUCGUGCUCUGGGAUUUACUGACUGCUAUGUUUGAGCAGCAUAUCGACUGGCUUAAAACGCAUCCCUCUAAAAGGGAUCCGGACGAGUACCGGAGGUUCCUGCGCUCGCAGCAGCACAACCACGAGCAGAAGUUUUUAAACGAUUUACUUAGGCAGAAGAGAUACGCAGUGCAGCUGCAGGGGCUGGAUCCGCUGCUGUUUAUCAAUGGGAGGGACUACUGGGACCGGAGGAAGGCACAGAAGGAAGGGGUGACGCCGGUGAUGAUUCACAACAACUACAUCAUCUCCAAAUGGAACAAGACGAGGAGGUUUCUCAUUAAGGGCAUGUGGCGGGUCGACCAUAGAGGCCAAGCGUGCAAGUGCCUGGCUCUCUCCUGCACGCGUCCCAAGGACCCUUGGUCACUCACCAGCAACCCCACCCUCCCUGCUGCGCUGAGGGCCACGGCUGGGAUCAAGCCGCAAUCUCUGCCCAAGCGAAGGCGAGGAGGAGGCAGCAAGCAGAAGAGCCAAGUAGGGCCUGUUCCUGCCACAAACUCUACUUUCGCCACGGCUGGUGGUGCUGGUGCUGCUGGUGGUGCUGGUGCUGGUGGUAAGGCUGGUGGUGCUGCUGGGAGGGCAGCAAAGCUAGUCGGAAGCCUGUUGAGAAGUGUGGUUGGGAGCGGGAGGAAGGAUGCUGAGACGGGAGGGGCAGAGAAGGGAGGAGGGUUGAAGGAGGGUAAAGCAGCCCAAGGAGCAGCAAAACCACUGGGAAAAGAAGUGCAAACGGGGAAGAAGAUGGAGCUCCAGCAGCAGCAGAAAUUGACAGGGAGAGGGACAGGGACAGGGACAGGGGCAGUGAGAGUAGGUACUACUGCUAGAGGUUCUAAGGGCAGUGAUGCUGUUGCAGCCGCUGCUGCUGAUGCUGCUGCGGAUGCCGCAGCAGCUGCUGCUCUUUCUGCUGCUGGCAAUGAGGCACAGGGAAGGGAGCCGCUCAAGACCGCGCAGGGAAAGGAGUCAAAGGCAAAGGCUACAAUUGGAAAAGGUUUAGAGUCAGGGCCGAACAGGGGUAAAGGGAUGAGGGCAGCAGCAGCGGAUGCAGGAGAAUCAGGGAAAGGAGGGAGAGAAACUGCAGCGGUUGGUGGGAGGGGAGCAGCUAAGGGUGCGAGGGGGAAGAGCGGUGUUGUGAGGCCUGGCCAGGUGAAGGGGAUUGAGAGUAAGGUAAUUCAGAAGGGCAGGCAGCGGCUGCAACAAGUAGCCAAGAGAGGAGGGAAGGGUGUGCAGCGGGUAAAGCGUUAA